AUCGGAAGAACAGCAACCUUAGUAGCUUUCAUGUCCUCCUCAACUUCCUCAAUCAUUAAAACCGUAACCUCUCUCUCUCUAUAUACAUACAUUUCUAACCAUUAUCAAAACAUCUUCCUCAUUCACCGAUCCGAAAAACCCAAAUCGAAAAAAUGAGGACCAAAUCUCCAUCUUCCGUUAAUCUCAAAGUCAUAUUCAUAGGCUGCUCAAUCUUGAUCUUUCUCAUCAUCUUCUUUGCAAGAUCAAACAUCUCCUCUUCAAAGCCAAUCUCCAAAACAAAUCUCUCCCAAGAAGAAGAACCAACUCAUCACCAUAAACCAGACGCAUGUCCAACAACAACACAACAAUGCACAAAGAUGCCACUUUCUUUAUCCGACGCAUUGGUUCACUACGUCACGAGUAACGUCACUCCACAGCAAACAUUCGACGAAGUCUCUGUCUCAAAGAGAGUCUUGGACAAGAAGUCUCCUUGUAACUUCCUCGUCUUUGGCUUAGGUCACGACAGCUUAAUGUGGGCAUCUCUCAACCAUGGUGGUCGUACCUUGUUUAUUGAGGAAGACAAGGCUUGGAUUGCUAUAGUAACCAAGAAAUUCCCAAACUUGGAAUCUUACCACGUAGUUUACGACACAAAAGUCAAAGAUUCAGACAAACUCAUGGAGCUAGGAAGAUCAGAAGAGUGUAGAUCUGUGUCUGAUCCGAGAAACUCUAAAUGUGAUCUUGCGUUGAAAGAUUUCCCGGCGGAUUUUUACGAUACGAAAUGGGAUCUGAUCAUGGUCGACGCUCCAACUGGUUACCAUGAAGAAGCUCCGGGGAGGAUGAGUGCUAUUUACACGGCGGGGCUUUUGGCUCGUAACCGUGAAGAUGGUGAAACUGAUGUUUUUGUUCACGACGUUAACCGUCCCGUGGAAGAUGAGUUCUCGGCGACUUUCUUGUGUAAAGGUUACAUGAGGGAGCAAAAUGGGAGGCUUAGACAUUUUACUAUUCCUAGCCAUCGGGCUCGAGCUGGACGACCUUUUUGUCCGGUGGAUGUUGAUCGCCGCCGUUAAUUUUGUGCCGAGAGAUUUAUGCAGUUCAGCAUCGUUGGUCGGUCAACGGACUCAGGGCUGGUAAAUUGAUUUACCUAGUAGUCUUUCUUUGAGGGACUUGCUUAGUUGGCAUUUUUUAAUUUUUGGUUGUGUUUUUGCUUUAUUUGAAUACAGUUUUCAAGAUUUUAGUGCCUUUACUGAAAUCGGUAUAUUAAAAGACUAGUACUAUUCGCAUAAUUAUUUGUGGUUUCAUUAUUGUGAUUAAUGAAUACUACAAAAUAAGGAAUUAUCCGAAA